AUUCCGCCUAUACCCAGCGUCCCAGCCCCUCGGCGUCUUGCUGACACCUCCAAAACCACAACCGCACCACACCGCGCUCCGAUCACCUCCUCCCCGGUGUCCCGCCGGCGGUGAGCGUUCCGGUUAGCUAGCUAGAGAUAGAUAGGUUAGAUCCCGGAGAGAGAAGCCCACCGGUGUCGGAUCGACCAGUAUGAUGAUGAUGAGCGGUCGCGCGGGCGGCGGCGCCACCGCGGGACGGUACCCGUUCACGGCCUCGCAGUGGCAGGAGCUGGAGCACCAGGCGCUCAUCUACAAGUGCCUGGCGUCUGGCAAGCCCAUCCCCUCGUACCUCAUGCCACCGCUCCGCCGCAUCCUCGACUCCGCCCUCGCCACCUCCCCCUCCCUCGCCUUCCCGCCGCAACCCUCGCUGGGGUGGGGAUGCUUCGGGAUGGGGUUCAGCAGGAAGCCCGACGAGGACCCGGAGCCCGGGCGGUGCCGGCGGACGGACGGCAAGAAGUGGCGCUGCUCCAAGGAGGCCUACCCGGACUCCAAAUACUGCGAGAAGCACAUGCACCGCGGCAAGAACCGUUCAAGAAAGCCUGUGGAAAUGUCGCUCGCCACGCCGGCGCCGUCCUCCAACGCCUCCUCCGCCGCGAGCGCCACCACCACGACCUCGUCCCCGGCGCCGACCUACCACCGCCCGGCCCCCACCGCGCACGACGCCGCGCCGUACCACGCGCUGUACGGCGGCGGCAGCCCGUACGCAGCGUCCGCCCGACCGGCCGGGGCGUACCACGCGGCGCAGGUAAGCCCCUUCCACCUCCACCUCGACACCACCCACCCGCACCCGCCGCUACCGCCGUCGUACUACUCCGUCGACCAGAGGGACUACGCCUACGGCCACACUGCGAAGGAGGUCGGAGAGCACGCCUUCUUCUCAGACAGCACCACCGAGAGGGACCGCCAGCAGGCCGCGGGGCAGUGGCAGUUCAAGAAUCUCGGCAUGGAGCCGAAGCACAGCGCCGCGCCGUUGUUCUCGGCCGGCGGGUAUGGGAACGGCGCGGCGUCCGCGUACGCCGUUGAUCUGACCAGGGAGGACGACGAGGAGAGGCGGCGCCAGCAGCAGCAGCACUGCUUCGUGCUAGGGGCCGACCUGCGGCUGGAGAGGCCGUCGGGCCACGACGCCGCCCCCGAGCAGAAGCCGCUCCGGCCCUUCUUCGACGAGUGGCCGCACGAGAAGGCGAACAAGGGAGGCUCGUGGAUGGGGCUCGACGGCGAGACGCAGCUCUCCAUGUCCAUCCCCAUGGCCACCAACGAUCUCCCCAUCACCUCACGCUACCGUAAUGGUGCGUAGCCUAGAUGAGUGAGACCAGCGUUGUCUGAUUGCUACGAGACGAGAGGCCAGACCAACCUGGAUCACAACAACUACCGGUUCUUUCCAGGCGUGCUGCUCAAGGCCAGUUCAGUUUGAUGAACUUGAAAGACCUAAACCUCCUAAAAGUGGUCUCUCCAUUUUUUUCCUUUUCUCCAUUAUUUUUUUUCUCUUACGUAAUGUUGCUUGUAGCGUUGCAUUUCACUGUAAUGCUUCGUAUGUGUUAACUAGUUGUGAUGAGAUUAGUAGAGGUGAGGCCUUUCUGAUUUUCUGAAUGGUUUUGCCUCUGUUCUGUUCUUUGUCAGUGCCCUGUAAUAUCUAGUGAGCGUGCUCAGAUCAGUUCUGGAUUUCCCUUUCC